GUCUGAUACUCACCUAGCCAAUGAAAGACAAAGACCUCCGAUCCUGCUAUGUGCGGUGAGAAUAUAGACAUAGCGGCGCAGAAUCCCGAAAAUCUGGGUCUCUUCCUGGACCUCGGCGUAAUCCGAGCGCGCAUGGAAGUACACCUGCUCAGCUUCUCAAUUGAUCCAUUAUUGCUCGCUCGGUUGAUCGAUUGAUCAGUUGGUCGAAAUUUCCUCGCAGACUUGGAAAGACCCUCGAUGGGCGGUGAAAUCUAGUCCACGAGUUCUGCACCUAUUGAGCUCUUACACAUAGCUUACGAGGCGAUCACCAACCACGCCCGCGGCAGAUCAGACCUCGUGAUUAUGGAAACUCCGGUCGGGAAUGCAGCAUUGACCGCUGCCGAGCUGGUCUAUGCCAACGACCUGCUUGUCGACAAUAUUUACGCAUAUUUGGCCGAUGAGCCACCCAUCAUGAAUUUCACAGAGUGGGGUCAGUAUGCAGUGCGAUCAUGUGCUAUCCUGCAUAAAGCUGGUUACGCCAGGGCCGCCAAACACUUUUACAAAGAAGUUCCAGAGAGGAUGAUACGGAGGAUGAUUAAAGCCAAUCAUGACCCUCAACGUAUACGAUACCUUUUCGAUUCGGUCAAGCAGCUGAGCGUCCGAGAAGCCGAUAUCGACACGAAUCCGGACGGCGAGUGGGAAGUUGGCAGCACUUGCUGGCUUUCCCGGCUCAAGAAUGUGGAACGCGUCUGCCUCUACGAUGCUUGGGAGUCUGGACGUCAUGACAAUCCUCAUCUUGGUCCGCCCAUCAUGAUAGUGCACGAGACCCAUGUUAUAGCAGGACGUAGGCUGGAGCUAGCCGCGCUUCGUCGCUGGUCAUAUCGCUUGCACCCUCGGACAGCGAUGACCGGUCUACUGCCGACAAUAGCCGACUCCGAGGGUCUUUCAUCCGUCGCGAUAGAGAUUAGCGAGUCUGCCGAUUGGCGAGCGAUCCCAUACGACAGUAGCCUGAGUGAUGAGGAAGAUCUUGAUGAGAUUUGCGUUCAGGCUGGAAAUGCGUCCGCAUAUGAGUGGCGAGGCGCUGGCGAGUUGAUGCUGAUCGCGGCGGUCAACAAGGUCAGGCUCGAAGGUGGAGACUCCUCGCUGUUCGCUAACUUAAAGCGAGUCGACAUUUCCGGGUCACACGGCCUUACCCUUGAUGAUCUGACACGGCUUCUGGCAAUCAGUCCCAACCUGAAGCAGCUUCGAACAGCAAUUCACCGCGCUCCUGAGUCUCAGAUCUUCGAAACCUGGUUAUCAGCUUACGCGGACCAAUUGCAAGAGGUCAACCUGCAGAAUGCCGAUCUAGCCUGGCUUCCCCGCCUCAUCAACUGUCGCGUUGUCGAACUACGUAUCAGCGACAAGAAGAUCAAUCUCCGCGAUGAGAGUUCCGUCGUCUCGGCGACAACAAAAAUCAGUAUCACCAGCCGUAUUCGUCACCUCAAGAUCCGUAUUGGCAAGCCCCCGCUCGAUGUCAACCCGAUAACGUUCGCGGAGUUCUUGAUCUCUUGCUCUUCGAAAGACACUACGUUCAUGUUCCACGUCUGUAGCGACGCCCCAGCAGCAAUUCGCUGGCAGUCCGAAGUGAGAUCCGCCUUUGCCGCUUUCACGGGACGAGUCCACCUCGUUUCCGACGGUUGGAUGGAUUCUCUGGAUUGCGAUCAUUCCGAUACCACCGAUUCGGAAGCGGAGAUGUAGGCGACCCUCCAUACCGGAAGGUCUCGUUCACAUACGACACUCCCCGAUGGGUUUCCAGUCAAACGUUCGAUCAAUGGAGUACGUAUUUGGUCGGAUAUUGAGAACGGCUCGCCAGUGCGGCGAAGCCAAUUGACAAAGAUCGCUACGCACUGCGAUUCUGGUCCGAUCAAACCGGUGUUGGAAACGCAGAGUCAACAACCUUGAACGCAAAUUGCCUAUCUCGAUCGUAGAAAACUUGGAGAUUAUCGAUGGGGCUUUAGGGCAAUAUGACACCUGGUCGCGAAUUCCGGCAAGAUGGUGUUGGAUGUAUGUAUGCCUCAUAUAUGAAGAAUUGAGUUGAGCCA